AUCAUGGAUGGUCCAUGAACCGGUUUCUUCAAACCCUACCGCAUUUUCCAUCUCUUUUCUUUCUUCUUCCCUCAAUCGACACAGAAACUUUGUUCUUCUUUAAUCUUCAAAUCCAACCAAACCAAAUACAGAGAAGAGAACACAAGGCCUAACGAGAUGGGGACCUUGGGUAAGGCAAUCUACACCGUCGGAUUCUGGAUCCGCGAGACCGGCCAAGCCAUGGAUCGUCUCGGUUGUCGUCUUCAAGGAAAUUACUACUUCCAAGAACAGCUGUCGAGGCAUCGGACGCUUAUGAAUGUGUUUGAUAAAGCUCCUGUGGUUGAUAAGGAGGCUUUUGUUGCACCCAGUGCCUCUGUAAUCGGCGAUGUUAGGGUGGGACGUGGCUCCUCCAUUUGGUAUGGUUGCGUUUUGAGAGGCGAUGUUAACAGUAUCAGUAUAGGGUCUGGGACCAAUAUACAAGACAAUGCCCUUGUUCAUGUUGCAAAAUCUAAUUUGAGUGGAAAGGUGUUGCCAACUAUCAUCGGAGAUAACGUUACAGUAGGUCACAGUGCUGUUUUACAUGGGUGUACUGUGGAGGAUGAGGCUUUUGUUGGUAUGGGUGCAACCUUACUUGAUGGAACUCUUGUUGAGAAACAUGCCAUGGUUGCUGCUGGAGCCCUUGUAAGGCAGAAUACAAAAAUUCCUUACGGAGAGGUAUGGGGAGGUAACCCUGCAAAGUUUUUGAGGAAGCUAACCGAAGAAGAGAUAGCCUUCAUCUCCCAGUCAGCUGUAAAUUAUACCAACUUGGCACAGGUUCAUGCAGCUGAAAAUGCAAAGGGCUUUGAGGAGAUAGAGUUUGAGAAGGUGCUCCGUAAGAAGUUUGCACGCCGCGAUGAGGACUAUGAUUCAAUGCUUGGCGUUGUUCGUGAAACCCCUCCCGAGCUUAUCCUUCCCGAUAAUGUUCUUCCCGAUAAAGUAGCCAAAGCUCCUUAAACGUGUGUGUUCAUAUUGCCCUAUUUGAUACCUACCUCUUUUCAGUUGGUAUCCAUGGGUGUUUUGUUAUGCCCAGAUGUAUGGAGAACAUCUACCUUUUUAUUAGUUUCCAAUAAUUUUCGGGGUGGAAUGAAGUGUCACGGUCAAUCGUGGUGUGUGCAUUUCUGGCUUAAGGCUCUUCAAUCGCCCUGUCUGAUUGAUCGGAAACUUCAAUUUUUUUCCUUUUGCUUGUUGAGAAGAAAACAGAAAAAGAAAAUUAAAAAAACUGCAGUAGCGGAACACAUUGAGAUGAUUUAAAUCAUCUGGGACUGUCUGAUUGGUUCGUAGACUAGAUCACAAUUGCUUUGCAUCUAAUAAAAAGUUAUCAAAUCAGGUAACUGGAUCUUGCUAUUG